AUGGCUGUUUCCUGCUUACCUCAAGGUACACUGAUACUAAAGCAGUUCCUGAGAAGGCAACAAGUUCUCCGUUUCUACAGAAGGAUUUUGCAAGCAAUCUGGAAAGUUCCAAAUGUGUAUGAUCUUAAACAUCUGAACAACUGGACAAGGGAAGAAUUCAAAAGAAAUGAAAGUGCCACAGAAGAGGAUACAGUCCGGGUGAUGAUUACUGUAGGCAAUAUCCAGCUAAAGGAGUUAGAGAAAAUGCUUGCAUUAGCAACAUCUUAG